CAACAAUAAAAAAAACGAGUCAUAAUAGCCUCGAAUGUUUCCUCGCUCUUUCAGGAACCGAUGAACGAGGACAUGAAGUGGUUGAAGCGGCUUCUUGUACUAGCAUUCGGCGUUAAUUAUGCAAAAACAUUGAACGAAGAUAUCGUGGAUAAUGGAGGCCUGAAUACGUCUUUUAUGGUAUCAGAAGGAUGCUUACAAGGCAUGGACACAGAUUUAGAUUUAAAAUCAUCGACGCGUUUUGCUUACUCCAAAGUACUUAAAGACGAAUGCGACGAUGUAGAUACCCGUCUACAAGGCCUGGAGUACUUUUCGGGUGCGCAGCUGUUCUUCGUUUCAUGGGCAAUGACUUUUUGUCGCAAUGUAAGUAAUGAUGGAAUCCUCCGUCAAAUUGAUCAAGAUAAACACAGCACGGAAACACAGAGAGUCAACCUGGCACUACGAAAUUUCAAACCUUUCGCAGAAGCAUUCAAUUGUUCAGUGGGGUCAUAUAUGAACCCUAACGACAACGAAAGGUGCAUUUUAUGGUGAUAAAUCUUGAGAAGAGAUAACAAUGGAUGUUAUGGAGCACGACCCCAUUGAAAGAUGGCUAAUCCAAAGUAUUUUAUUUAACUUCGUACAUUCACCUGGGCAAUGUCGUUGUCAUUAUAGUUGGUUAUGACGUCAAUAAACUUAAGCUGUGACUGCAUAAUGUUGUUUGCUUUAAAAGUGUUCUUACUGUUAUCAAAAGAACCUUCCGGAGUCACAGUAUCACCGAAACCUAUGAAAAACUAUGAAUACGAAUUUUAGAUUAA